GCCUUAGGAACUUGUCUCUGGUGUUCUUAAACAUUUGCCACUGUUACAAAGUGAUUUUCAUCAUUGUUAUUAUUAUUCAUUUAUUACGCAGACUCUUCCUGUUGGUCAGGCUUCUUGCUGAAAUGUCAGUCAAUCAAUGGGACCGAACCGAAUGAUGAGAGUAGCUGAGAAACACACCCUGUGCUACCCAGACUCUCCUGCACCCUGCAGUGUUUCAGAUGCUUGCUUUCUUCCAAUAGAACUUGAUUGGGAUAAGAAUACUGACGAAAAUAUGAUCCUUUUUCCUUUUUGCUUUGAAAUAGCAAUAAAUACGGCAGCCUGGUGACAUGGGCCUAUAACCCUAGCUACUGGGAAGCUGCAACAGAGAGACGGCAAGUUCAAGGUCCUUCUGGGUAACUUACUGAGUGCCUAUUCCAACAUAACGUAAAGGGGCUGGACACUGGGCAUGUGGCCCGGUCGAGAGAGUGCUUGCCUAGCAUGCAAGAAACCCUGCCCCUGGUGCCCAGCAGUGCACACUUAGAACCCAACCACCCAAGAUCUGGAGAAAAGCUUCACUGGCCUGAGCAUGAACUUGCUAAGAAGUUUGUUCUAAAUGCAGAAGAGGCAUUGACCAUUGACAGCAAGAGAAGCUUUUCCAGUCUGUCCUCUGGAGUUCUCAAGGACACUUUCACAACUGGAACCAGUAGUUACAAUGUUCUACUUCAGAGCAAGGAGGAGAGAAAGCACCAUUCACAAAAGCGGUUUUCCUCUGCCCACUCCAAACGACAUAGAAAGCCCAGCAAAUCUCCUAGUUCCUCUCAUAGCAAAGAUUCUAGCAGGACACCAGCCCUGGUGCCUGUGACAAGCACCGGUACUUGGUACUGCCUAGACAGGCAGUCUGCUGUUCUUGUCACUAGUUCAGUACCAAGUCCUGUAAAGUUUACCCGUGAUAUCUCUGUUACAGGAAGCGGCCUCGCACUGCCACCCAAACCGAAAAACAAGGUCAAACGGCGCAACCUGACCCCUCUGCCAAAGCCAAAGCAGCAGCCUCAGCUGUGCAGAAGCUUUGAGAAAGGAGAUGACUUUUCUGGGAAAAAGCUCUGUAUAUUGACCGCUAUAAAGCCCAUCAACCUGGAGAAGGAAAAGCUGAGGUUCUUCAAGUCUGACUACACUUACAACCCUCAGUUUGAGUACGCCAAUCCCUCUCUGCCAGGCGUGUUAGCCAAGCACAGCCACGCCUCUGACCGCUUCCUUAAGCAGUCCAUCAAUAUUAUGGAGCUGACUUUACAGAAAUAUGGAAGUUAUGAAAAAUUUGAACAAGCUACUGGUGGUAGCUUGUUGUCUAAAACCCGUAUCUGGAGUCAUGUUAGGAAGUACAUGAUGAAGGAAGGCUGCCUGGGAGAGAUUGUAGUUCAUCUCACUGAAGACCUGCUUUCCAGGGCAUCCAUGACAGUGGUAAACGGAUGUCCGACUCUAACGAUCAAUAUUUCUACUGCACGAGAGCACUGGCUGGAGGGCAUGCUGAGGCAUGAGAUAGGCACACAUUACUUUCGGGGUAUUAACAACCUUCAGCAACCCUGGAACAGUUGGAUUGGCCGCAAAAAACACGAGCUAAAGCCAAACAACCCUACGGAGGAAGGACUGGCGAGCAUUCACAGUGUCCUGUUCAGAAAAGACCCCUUUCUGUGGAGGGCCGCCCUCCUGUACUACACAGUCUAUCAAGCCAGCCAGAUGUCUUUCUGUGAACUCUUCAAAGAUAUUGGCAGGUUUGUCAAGGACCCAAAUACACGAUGGGACUAUUGUGUAAGAGCCAAGAGGGGAUGGACUGACACUUCCCAGCCAGGGUGUUUCAGUAAAGACCAGGUGUACUUGGAUGGAAUCCUUCAAAUCCUUCGAUUCAGAGAGUCCAUAGACUUUCAUCUGCUGACUACCCUGGGCAAGGUAUCUUACGAAGAUGUGGAUCGCUUAAAAGAGUUGGCAGUUACUGAGAACAUGCGAGUCCCACAUUUCCUUCAUGAUCACAGCCGGUACAUGGAGCACUUGGAGAAGAUCAUGGAGGUGAACGAGCUGACAGAUGCUGAGCUGAAACACCUCAUCUAAGCAGCAGAGCCCGCUCCUCGCGGCUGUUAGCAGCUAGGGCACCGGGUACCUGCAGAACGAGAGGAGAGCCGCUGACAUCCGCUUGCUGAAGACCAGCUCUCAGGAUCCAGCUGAAAUUCUAGGUUAUGUUAGACCUGAAACUAUUUUCCUAAAACACUUCUGUAGGCUGCGGGUGGAAAUCAUGUCUCUUUUCAUUGCGAUCUCUCCAGAGACAAACGAGGAUUCUGCUGCGAUGACUCCAGGAUGAGUUGUAGACCUGCGCACCAAGGCCAGCUCUGGACUGGAGGUAGCCAAAUCCCGCUCUGCUGUGUAAAUGCCAAGGUUCUAUUUCCUCUGCUAAACAGUGGGAGUUGUUGUUCUUUGAAAUACCCAUUUUGUAACACCCCAGAAGGCUAGCAAUAUCUAAGAGUUCUUAUUUUUCUUAUUUUAAGUGAUAUUAAAAGGAGAUUGAAAAUUU